AUGUCGGCCAAGAACCCACCUCCACCGCAGCCUUCGCCUGCGACGGUCGCCUCCCCGACCACGGCAAAGUCGCGGCGGGACUCGAGCUCCUCUGCCAUGCCUAUACCGACCCAGGCCGACAGGGAGCACCUUGCCCAGGCCCUCGACAAGAUCCAUACCUCCGCGAACCAGCGCGACAUCCUGACCACCUUCAACGAUCUCUCCCCCCCGCCGGACGCCAGUGCAUCGCCCGAGAACAAGGGGUUCGCCGGCGACUUGGUUCAAAAUGGAUUCAGCGGUCUGUAUUCAAGGUUCAAAGAGGCUGUAGGAGUUUCAGGCAGGGUCCAAGAUGAGAGGGAUGUUGAGACUGCCUCCAAGAGGAGCUCGAGUACCACCGCGACAACUUCCAAAGCCUCCGUCGCGCCAAUAGCCCGUAUUGACACAGGCAUGACUAACAUGACCUUCGCCUCAGCCUCGUCGACGUCAGAUUCUGUAAACGCCGCCAGGCCAUCGUCAGGAGGACUUCCCCCGGACACCGCCUCGCCGCACCCUCAGUCAAGCAAGCCCUCGUCGCUGGCCCCAAGUAACUUGUCUGUACCCUCGACCGCCAAGUCGGCACCUUCGAGUCGUCAAAGCAUCCCGAACAUGACGAAGCCUACAGCUGCUGUAGCCCCUGUCACAGUAAGCGCCUUCAAGGAGACCGCGCGAAGCUCGUCCAGCCGACCGGAUGACGGUUCCAUACGUACCACGGACUCGUGGAAGGGCUCUACGAGAUCACAUGACAACUCGACUGCAGGACCCAGUCUUGAAAUCUCAAGUCCAUACGAUGGUGCAGAGCUGAAGAGCGCCGCUUCCCUCGAGAAGAUAGUGAUUCCGACUCGUGGCCGGCAAGAGGAUGUACUCGGAGCUGACGGAAAUAACGAUAGCCCUGUCAGUCCGGUGAGGAGCACCAGGUCAUCUGCUGCUGCAUCUGCUCAGCUGCACCCCGACGAACAUGGGCUUCUAUCCCCGACUGCCAGGACUGGGACAAGGGAAUCCGCCCGCAGGCCGGCGGUAAUUGACCGCAUUACCGGCCCGCGCAGUCGUGGCUCUCAUUCGAGGUCAUCGUCGGUAUCACAAAGCACCGCCGAACCCAGUAACAUCGUUACCUCCGCUCACCACACCGUUCAUCACAACACCUGGGGUAGAGAUGACCGACCACACCGGCUGAGAUCUGGUGCAUUGCGGAUACCGGGAACCACUACCGACGAGGGAGCUCCCGAAGUUGUGAACGCUACUCUGGAACACAUGCGGAAACAGAUUCUCAGCAAGGACUUCUGGAUGGCUGACGAAACUUGCAAAGAAUGCUUUCAUUGUGGUGCUCCGUUUUCUGCUUUUCGGCGCAAACAUCAUUGUCGGACUUGUGGAUGUAUUUUUGACAGUCGAUGUACUUCUAUUAUCUCUGGCAUGAAGUUUGGUGUCCCUGGCACCCUGCGCGUCUGCAAACCGUGUCUGAACAUCAUCAGUCAACGGCAGGAUGGGAAUGCGUCGGAUGACUCCGCGGAUGAUUCAUAUCUGCCCGCCAUCUUCCGUCCAAAUCAGAAGUCCGUCACGUUGGAUAUCCCAAAACCUGACAAGGAUGAUGCCAGCAUCUCGGAGAGAGCUGAGGAUGUGGAAGACGACAGUCGAUCCUUGACCACCCCAAUGAUGGCUAUCCCAGCCACUCGGCGCAUAGGAGAGUCGUCAAAUCGCAACUCAGCGAUCUUGGAAAUCGAUGCGCCGCAGCUGAGCAGACCCAGUUCCUCUAGGUCUCUCAAGUCCUUGGCGGCGAGGCCGCAGUCCUCCAGUCACCGUCGCCAUCACUCAAAGCACAACUUUUUAAGUAGAUUCAAGCCGUCACCAGCAGCCGAUGACCGAGCACCAUUUCGGCGUUCGGCAAAUGAAGAGGCAGCAAAGAAGUCCGGCCUUCCUGCGUUUCAUGACGACAACGUCAUCGAUCCCGACCUGGCCCCUUUCAUGUCCGACGAAUCUAGUGGCGACGAGCAGCAAAGUAUAUCUCAGAUCUUGUCAAGCGGCGAGCCAACGCCAUCUAGUCUAGAUCACGACAAGACAAACUUUGGCUCUUACCUGGGGGCCGGAAGGAGGAACCGUCUACGGUCGCAGGCUGAGAAGAGUAUCAGUGGCUUCAGCUUCAACGAAAACGGCGGUCCAAUUCUGCAUCCCAGAUCUUCACGAAGACGCAACACGAGUACCGCGAGUGCAAGUGUACACCACCUCCGGUCUCCUCGUCCGAGAAGUGCUCACCUGCGAGGGCCUGCAAACUCGAGUGAAACGAUACCGAACUACGACAGCGUCAUUCUGGGAAACCCGCCCAGAUUGACCCGUAGCUCCUCCAUGAAAGGAGAGAAGGAGCCUAGGGUUGAGUUAAACCCAGCCAGUCUUCUUCACGUUCGAAAGCUUCUUCAACAGCUACUCCAAGAUUCAGACGUGCCGAACGUGACCGCCUGGGAGAAGGCCCUGAUGCCGAUAUUACUCAAAUGUACCACCUCUGUGGAUCCUGAAGUCGAACGAGGUGACGAUAUCGAUAUCCGACAUUAUGUCAAACUCAAGAAGAUUCCAGGAGGAAGACCAGGUGAUACUAGUUAUGUCUCUGGCGUGAUAUUCACAAAGAAGCUUGCGCUGAAGAGCAUGCCUCGCCGUCUAGCAAACCCGCGAGUUGUUAUUGUCUCGUUCCCAAUCGAGUAUCGGCGCCAUCAUCAACACUUUAUGAGCUUGAAGCCUGUCAUCCAUGAAGAAAAGGCAUUCCUCAAGAUGAUCGUCGGCCGCAUUGUCAACCUGAGACCGCAGCUGAUUCUCGCCGAGAAAUCUGUCUCGGGCCUGGCAUUGGAGUUGUUGUCUGAGCAUAACAUUGCUGUCGCGUAUAACGUGAAGCCUUCCGUGCUGUUUGCCGUGUCGCGAUGUCUGGAGACACAAAUCAUCUCCUCGAUAGACAUGUUGAGUCUCCCUGUAGAACGCUUCCGGAUUGGCAAGAGUAUCGGCUUUGAGGUCAAGACUUUCGUGAACGAUGAGAUACCCGGGAGGAAGAAGACAUAUUUAUUCCUCUCGGGUAACCAAGAGCAGCUUGGAUGCACCAUAGCCCUCAGAGGUGCUCCAACUCCCGUGUUGAGGAAGAUCAAGCGGAUCACCGAGUUCAUGAUAUAUGUCACGUACAACCUGAAGCUUGAAUCCCGCUUGAUGCAGGAUUCGUGCUUGCAGCUGCCGACCGCUGAGGAACUUUCCAGCCAGCUUACGGACGAAAGCAAGUUGUCUCUCAACACCAUUAGCACCAGCGUCGACGAAACCCGGCAAAGAACCCUGUCUACCAUGACAUUUGACGACCCUCAACCCUCCCAGAGCACAGGCGAGGAUGCUGACGAGUCAACGCAAACGAGCACAGAUGUGGCGCAAGCAAAUCAACAAAUCAACAGACUCAUUUCGUUACACGAAACGCAUGCUCGAGCCUCGAACGACAGCUUCGUACCAGAAGAUGCUCCAAUGCCGACCUUCUACAGUGACAUGGUCGCCAAGUAUCAAACGAGGAUACUCUCUGCAUCGCCAUUCGUGAAGUUUGCUCAACCUUAUCUCCUGAUGAAAGCCCGAGAGCAAGAAAGACGACUGGUGCAUCUGAAAAAGCUGAGAGAUCAGGAUAUCGUUGAGGAACGGACCGACGGCGACAAGACAAAACCGCAAAAGUUCCAGCUGAUCAAACCUCAGAUGGUCCACCAGACGGGCCAAAAAGCACCUCGCGCCAUAAUGGAAGUUUUGCAUGCUGUUCACGAUGUCGAGUACGAUAAGGCUCUAUACAACUACAGGACGCAGACUCGGCAGUGGGAAGGUCACAUUCAAGCUAAUUUGGCCCUCCUUGAGCCUUAUGCUCACCAGAAUAUUGUUGUUCUCCAUUCCGUCGUCUGCACAGAAACCAAGGUGCCUUGUGUGGAACCGGGCCUUAUCGCUCUACAGUUCUAUGAUGAGCACUCGGAGCACAACGAAACAUUGGACCCCGAUUGUACUCUGGGGCAGUAUGUCGAAGAUAUUUGUUAUAGCGCAGACUCGGAUUGCACGGGCACGUCAUGCGACCGCAAAAUGCAUGAGCACCACAGAACCUACGUUCACGGCGAUGCUCGUAUCACCGUCUUCAUUGAGCAAGAUCCUCGAAGUAUGCCACGCGAAAAUAUCACGAUGUGGAGUUACUGCAAACUUUGCAAACGGGAGACUGCCGAACGAGAAAUGUCCAAAGGUACUUGGAAGUACUCGUUUGGUAAAUACCUAGAGUUGUCCUUCUGGAGUCGGGGUACAAGCUUGGUCAAAGACGAGGAAGGUGGCUGGGACUGUCCACAUGACCAUCAUCGAGAUCAUAUCAGAUAUUUUGGGUUGCAGGACAAGGUUAUGCGCGUUCACUACGAUCCUAUCGAUCUCCUCGAAAUCAUUGUUCCCAGAACGCGCAUUGCCUGGAAGGUUGAGCAUGACUUGAACUUGAAAAAUGAGAUCUUCACAACGUUGCAGGAUCGCUGGACUCGGUUCACAACGUCGGCUAAAACAAGAAUCAAGGCCAUCAAACUGGACAACAUUGCCCCUGAGAAGGCCGAGGCAUGCAAGGCGGAAAUCGAGCGAUUUACGAAGAGAGUGCAGGAUGAACAUGUCCUGGUGAUUCGCAUACUCCAGGAUGCCUACGUCAACUCCAAGUACUAUGAAACUAUACCGAUGAACUUGGCCAUACAAGAAAUGAUGGACCGAGCAGCUGCUUGGGACGCCUCCUUUGCCAAGUUCGAAGCUGACUUCCUCCCGUCCGAAAAGGAUCUUCGGAGACUGACAAUGCUUCAGCUGCGUAAAAUGUUUACAGAUGAAUCAAAGGAAUCAUUGGCAAGCAACGAGUCCUCCAACGAAGCAUCAAGCACCGGCGAAAAGCCGUCUCAAACAGAUACUGAAGGCGAAGUCAAGUCUGACGCACAAGUAUCUGAGCAAGUAUCUGAGAAGAAUGCCUCCCAAGACGCCCCGGCGGUCGAGCCUGCCUCUCAAGACGCCGAGACUCCAGGAGUCCCUGUUGCUCCCGAAGACCCGGCUAUGGACCGGGUCGAGCACUUGGACCUUGCCACACCGACAUCCCAUCAAGGGAUGCUGGCCCCAUUUCAGCCUCAGUCAGUUGAUGCAACCCCAUUGGUGGCGCCUGAAGCAUCGGAUGCAGGGCCGAGCUUGAUGCCUUCCGCGCCUGCUACACCUAUAGCUAGCGGCUCGUUCCCGGCAAACGACAACCAGUCGCAGUCUGUAACGGAACAGGUAGAGCAGCUACGCCGCCGCCAACAGUCGGUCGUCUUGGAAGAGGCAAGGGCUGCUAUCAGUGGUGAGGGCGAACGCCCAAGUCAAACUCCAGAACCAGCGAAAGCCGCGGCUCCGGAGCCCGCGCCGUCCCGUAGGAUGGGACUUCACGUGUCUCCCCCGAUGGUCCGCGCUCUAUCGCAGCCAGCACAUACUAUGCCUACUCUGCCUCGUUCUCAAUCUGCAUUGGGGAAAAAGCUACUCGGCCUGGGCAAGGACAAGGACAAAACGCCUACCACCGAGUACCCCCCUGGAAUGGAGGUCCGCAAAGUCCCGACCACCGAGUCUUUGAAAAGCGACAAGAAGAUUUUCAGCCUCCGAUCGAGAAAUGCGGGCAAGUCUUCGAUCCCCCGCUUUGUUGGGCGUAAGAAGGACUCGAGAGUGUCAACUCUGGCGAAGCACUUCGAACAGCUCAGUCGAGAGUUUGAGAAAGAACGACGGAAAGAUGAGAAGCAACGCGCUGCUAAAAUGUCCCACUCCAGAGCCUUCCUCCAGCGCUCAAAGACCAAGGCAAUUGUUGAGGUGUAUGAAGACCCUGAUGAUGCAGUCCAUGAGCCCGGGCCAAAUGUGGAAGACUCCUUGAUGGACCGGGAGCCUAGUGAUACGAGAACAGGCGAACAGAACGAACACGUCGAAACUCCCAAGCAAGAAGAGACCCAAGCUCCAGCAGACAAUCCCGAGUCACCGGUCGAAGCUGGUCAAGCUCACGAAGAUACUGUCACCGAAGCUGAGACCGAUGAUCAGACCCACAAUAUGAGCCAGAUCGCGACUGAUGACGAGCACGGCGAUAGUGACACAGAGCAUUCGCUUCUAGAGGGAACAUCCCUAGAGGAAAUUGCCGACUCCCUCGAUUCCAACACGGAGAUUCCCCUGGAGCUUCCUAAACAAGACAAGAUGAACUUCAUGAAAGCCCUCACAAACUUCUGGGCUGAAAGAUCAGCAAGUGAGUGGCCAGCUCUCGAAUACCCAAUCAGCGCGACGGAGCAUCUCCUCACUGGAUCCGACAUCGUGGUUCGUGAGGAUGAACCGAGCUCCUUGAUAGCCUUUGCGCUCGAUUGCGAUGAUUACCGAGCCAAGGCGAGGAAAUGGCACGGCCGCAAAAUUCCGGAGCCCGAACAAGGCGGCACUGAUACAGAAGGCGGAGUAGGCUCGGGGAUGGAAGAUGACCAAGAUUGCGUCAGCGAUGCUGCUCUCGAGGCCAGCUUUGUGCGACCCGGCGGUAAGCACCUGAAGUAUCAAUUCAACGAAGGGUCUGCGAAGAUGCUCGUCAAGAUUUUCUACUCUGAACAGUUCGAUGCUCUGCGAAGAAAAUGUGGCGUGGCUCAUCGUAUCGUGGAAUCGCUCUCUCACUGUCUCAAGUUCGACUCCAAGGGCGGAAAAACCAAGUCGGUCUUUUUGAAGACACAGGAUGACCGAUUGAUGAUGAAAUCCUUGUCGCCGAUUGAAACCUCUGCGUUUCUCAAGUUUGCGCCUUCCUACUUUGAGUACAUGGCCGAAUCGCUUUUCCGUGACCUGCCGUCAGUGAUCGCGAAGAUGUUAGGUUUCUUCCAGGUCAUCAUAAAGAAUCCGGUCACGAAUACGGAGAUCAAGCUAGACCUACUCCUUAUGGAGAACUUGUUCUACGAUAGAGCGCCGUCGAGGAUAUUUGACCUCAAGGGGUCAAUGCGAAACAGGAAGAUUCAGUCCACGGGUGAGCAGAACGAGGUUCUACUUGACGAGAACAUGGUUGAGUACAUCUAUGAGUCGCCACUAUUUGCCCGAGAGCACUCAAUCAAGGCGCUGCGCGCAUCCGUCCGAAACGACACCCUCUUCCUGGCCCGCCAGAAUGUCAUGGAUUACUCUCUCAUGAUUGCCGUGGACGAAAACAAAAAAGAGCUUGUUGUUGGCAUCAUCGACUGCAUUCGCACCUACACCUGGGACAAGACUCUAGAGAGCUGGAUCAAGGGGCGCGGGUUUGCUGGAGGCGGUCGCAACAGGCCGACCGUUACUAGUCCAAAGGAGUACAAAUCGCGCUUUAGAGAGGCAAUGGCUCGAUACAUCCUCGAAGCGCCAAACUGCUGGCAUCCAUUCCACUUGCCUAUGUACGCGUACCGGCCCCAAGUCGAGAUGACUGCUGCUGGCGAGGAGACUAGCGAACAAUUUGCCACUCUGGCGACUACCUGGAACCCCACUAAUUUUCAGCACCGCCGAAACGAAACCCACGCUUACCUGAACUGGGAAACGCUGACCGGCGGCCCAGACGGCGAGGAGCUCGCGCUCCGCAUCCGUGACUUCAUACAUACCAAGUUCCAAGCCGUGCAGCUGCCGCGCUUCAUCAAGUCCGUUACAGUCCACGACUUCCAGUUCGGCUCUAUACCGCCCCGGGUCACUCUGAAGGAUAUUUGUGACCCACUGCCAGACUUUUACGAAGAAAUGCCAGAAGCGGAUGAGCUGGACGAGGAAGACGAGGAGGACAGCGAUGAGCCCGAUGUGAGAGAAGGGGCCGGAGGCGGCGCGGGAGACGACGGCGUGCCGGAUGCCAUCAAAGCCGCUGAAAGACGGCGCAGGGACGAGCUCAGGAGGCGGCUGGGCGGCAACGACAGCGGUGCUGCAGGCAGAGGCAGCCGGAGUGGCAGCCCAGCCCCGGGGAUCGGGAUCCCGGACCACCAUGGCAACUUCCCGCCGCACAUCCACACGGCCGGCCUUCGCAGCGCCCCGGGCACCCCGGAUCUCAGCUCGCCCUUCCUGGGCCUCGGCGUCUCGACCCCGGGCAUCCCCGGCGGCACCGCCAACAUGCACUACUUCCCUUCGCACAUCGCGACGGGCUGGUCAGGCACCCAGACGCCGCUGGCCGCCGUCGCGGGUGCGCAGCACCUGAACGGCUGGCUGGAGUCCGGCGGCGGCUCGUCGUCGUACCCGCAGUCGCCCUCAUCGCCGGGCGGCUACGGCAGCUGGAGCGGGCGCGGCCACAACCGGAACCCGUCGCAGAGCUCCAUCAGCCUCCAGGACUUCCCGACGUCGGCGCAGCCCCAGUCGCAGCCGCCGCUGCGGGAGAAGCACAGCGUGUCGACGCUGGCCCCGACGUCGGUCGGCACGUCGCGGCCCCCGACCCGGGACGCCUCGGCGCUGAUGGGGAACGCCAUCGACGAGGAGUACGGCGGCGAAGACGGCGGAGCGCGCGAGCAGGGCGAGGAUGAGGAGGCCCGCAGCUUCCGCGAGCCCCGCGUCGAGGACAUGCAGGCCGUCUUCCGCAUCCGCUACGCCGGCGACAUUAAGCUGAUGCUCACGGCCGAGAUCCUGCUCGACUACCCCAUGCCCAGCUUCGUGGGCAUCCCCGUCAAGCUCAACAUCACCGGCCUGUCGUUCGACGGCGUUGGCGUCGUCGCGAAUAUCAGGAAGAGAGUCCAUUUCUGCUUUUUGAGUCCUGAAGACGCCGUGGCUGCCGUGGGCGAGGACGACGACGAAGACGAAGAUGCCGAGGGCGUCCAGGGGGCCGGCGACAAGCGGAGCAGUGGGCGCAUGGGCGGACUUCUCCAAGAAAUCAGGGUCGAGAGCGAGAUAGGCCAGCGGGAGGGCACGAAGCAGAGCCUCAAGAACGUCGGCAAGGUCGAGCGGUUUGUGUUAGAGCAGGUCAGGAGGAUAUUCGAGGAAGAAUUCGUCUACCCGAGUUUCUGGACCUUUCUGGUGUAA